CAUUGUGCGGAGUGAUCUGAUACGGACUACACCCAGCCGCUGCCUCACUGCCCUGGCUUUCUUUGCUGCCCCAGCCUUGACGUUGGUUAACGUCGAAGUGCGGGUUAGAUUGGAGACUCUACAUUUGUCUGUAGGUUUUCUUCCGAUUUGGCUCUCUCCUGUUUGGCAACCGUACUUCCAAAGCUGUAGGGAUUUUUAUAACGUUAUAGCAUCAAUUUCUUGAAUAUGUCUUGGCAAAGCUAUGUGGAGAACCUGAUGGCCGAUGGCAGCUGUCAGGAUAGCGCCAUUGUUGGAUAUACGGACGCCAAAUAUGUUUGGGCAGCACAUGCCGGUGGUACUUUCAACAAUAUCACGUCUCAAGAAAUUGAUGUCCUUAUCGGUAAGGACAGGGAGACCUUUUAUACCAGCGGUCUCACUCUGGGCUCAAAGAAGUGUUCAGUCCUCAGAGACAGCCUCCAUGAUGACGGGGACUGGACAAUGGACAUCAGGACAAAGAGCCAAGGAGGAGAACCUACAUACAAUGUCACUGUGGGAAGAGCUGGAAAAGUUUUGGUUCUUGUAAUGGGCAAAGAAGGGGUCCAUGGAGGCGGAUUGAAUAAGAAGGCUUACUCAAUGGCAAAAUACUUGAGGGAUUCAGGGUUUUAAUGUUUUCAAGCUCACUUAGAUAAAAUUGAGAGACAAAAAGAAGAGAAAAGAAAUAUUGCUGUUUAAGAUUUCUCCUGCAAGCAGUCAAAUGUCUUGGAAACUUUUAAUAGCAAUGAAGAGUGGUAAGAUACUGUGUCACCUUUGUUCCCCCCUUCAUCCUGUAGGGGGGAGACUCUUCAAUUUUGUUCAUUUUCUCUUUUUUUCCUUGUGUGCUCCAGUAUUGGUUUUAGUCAUGGGAAAGGAGGCGGUCCAUGGUGGAACUCUUAACAAGAAAGCACAUGCAAUGGCUGAGUACCUGAGGAGGUCUGGAUAUUAAGCAACCUCCACCCAUCCAUCAACUUAGCGGCUCACUCCCACCCUCCGCAUUUGUGUUAACACUACUUCCAGGAUUAGAUGGCAUACAAUGUUACUUCCUCCCCAGUCUACUUUUUAUAAACAGCCUUUUGUUUGCUUAACUCCUUCCACACUCCUUUUUUUUCUUUUUUUUUUUUUUUUAUAUAAACCUUCCCUACUUUAACAUUGUACUUCUCAUGUUUUUGGCACUACAGUACUGGCAUGUUCAUUCAAACUAUUAACCAAAAGUGUGCAAAAAAUGAUUGCAAAGUGUAAAACAAAUUUGGACUCACCUUGUAUAACAUUCACUUAGCAACUGGCUAAUAUUCCAAGGGGAAGUACACAUGUAAUGGUGGUGAUAGUUUGCAUAGUUUUGCUUUUUGAGCAUUACUAAAAGAUGCCAGUUUUUUUUUUUUUUUUUUUUUUUUUUUCUCAUCAGCAUGUGGGCAUUUAAAAGUUGCAUGCAUACCCUCUUUACAGAUUCCCCUCUCUAUCCCUGCGUAAUAUUCCAGCCAAAACCAUCUUCUCUUCUGCCUCCAUUAUAGAAAAGACAAAUUUCCUCUGACAAAGUCCUGAAUGUGUGUACCAAAUCGCCACCCUCAAUCACAACAUCCUUUACCCUCCAUCACAUGCUUUUGCUGUUGUACCUGAAUGUGGUCUUAAAAGUUAAUGAUGUGGUGUUGGGCUGUUGUUUGAGUGUAGUGUAAGGUCAGUAUUGCUGACGUCUCAAGAUAUUGUCAUGACAUUUCACCUCUGUGACCGCGCCGACGUUUGUCAGUCAGCUUCUCCUAUUUGUAAAUUUUUCUGUAAAUCACUACACACACGUUAUGUGAAGUUUUCUUUCCCCUUUUGGACCAAUUGUCAGUAUGAGAGGAUUAUCAGAAUUACUUAAGAUAAUUCUGAUGGGUGAUUAUUGGUAUCACUGUAAAUCAUUAAGACAACUUCAGAUGACUGUAAAACAUUUAACUGCUUCCUUAGACUUCAACACUACUUAAACUUGUCAUCACUAAUUGAUUUGUUGUUAACUUCAUGGCCAUUAACCAAUGAAACAGCAAUGUCAUUUUACUACAGUAUGAAUGCAUUUUGACUGUAAACCGAGGGCUCCAACACCUUGGAAUUAUUUGCCUUGUGCUUUAGUCAUCAAAGGUGUAUUCACAAAUUGUCAUAGUAUGGUACUUAGUAUAUUUAAAAGAAAAACAUGAUGCUGUGUACACUAAACAUAUUGAAAAUGGUGUUGGUUGGAAUAAGAACAUUUGUAAGUUGUCUUGUGAAAAUUUUCUGAGAAUAACUGUAUUCUGUGCCAUAAAAUCAAUCUGAUCUGUUGCAACUACGAGUUGGAUUUUUAACUGCUGCCCCAGCAAGAAGUAACUUUUAAUGGCACUUUCCUAAGGGAUAUUUUGGCAUCAGUAAUCUCCAGACUUUGUGGAAUAUGUACAGAAUUAAACGACAGAAAAAGAAGUUUGCAAUUUUUUUUUUUUUUUUUUGUUGGAAAUUCCUUCUGCCACAAAAUCUGCUAUUUCAAAUGCCAUGAAUUGAUGAGACAUCUUGUUUACAGACAGAUCCAAUAAAAGUUAUUCCAACCAGAGGUCAAGCCAA